UUAAGCUGUUUUCCGCGAGGGGAGGUUGAACUGUAAUUUGCUUUUAAAAGGAAGACCGUCUAGGUAAGUCUCUGAAGUCAAUUGCGAAAUUUAUGUCAACAAGACAAUGUUCGAACUAGUGUUUCUAUUGUUUUAAGCUUGCUUAUUUCAUCCCAUAGGCUUCUUUUUGCCGUUACCUACUUUCUCACUUUCCGUAUUUUUGUCUGAAGUAGUAGUUUUUAAUUAUGUUUCCUCUUAAUGAUAAAAUAAUUACUGUACCUUGAAGUUCUUUCAUCCCGUCCAGAAAAAUCUGGCGCGAAUCAGAAAAUUAAACUUUCGCACAAUUUUGUAAAAUUCUUUUGGAUUUCAUUUGCUCUAUAUUAAGCUUAUUCGGUUGUUUAUUUCUCAAAACUCACUGAUAUAGCUCCAGUCGUUGGUGUGCUGUUCAAUCAGCUGUGUGUGCGUGUCUUGAAAAACCGGGCUUUUUGGUGUUUCACAUGCUCAAGGUGUGAAAUGUUUUGGUUCCUACCGCUAGUUGUCGAGGUAAAAUUUGCGGCCAAAUACAAUUUUCUUAUUCUAUCCACGUUAGCAUAAAUGCUUCCACUUAUUUGGACGCAACUUCAUUCGUAUAUUUUUUUCACAACAGUAUUUUACGUGGCCUUCAAGUACAAUUUAUAUCGAGUUUCGCCAUCGACAAUCGUAUGUAUACGGAACUAAAGUACCAAGCAUGUCAAAUUUUUUUCUUGUCACUCUAUUGAAUCUCUGCGGGAUUCGAAUUAAUUUUUUUUCGAUCUUUCUUUUUUGUAGAAAAGCUGCUCCCUUAAACUUUCAAGACCAAAACUACGAUUAAAUUUGCGAAAGCCCUUCAAAAGAAAGAUUUCAGCAAGGCCUUUUUCUUAGGCCGCAACGCGUUGCAAAAUGUAGGAGCAUGCACACCUCUGCGGAUUGUGCGUUUUUUUUUUACGCUGGAUAUAGAGCGAAUUCUUUUCGGUUUCACACUGUUGUUAAGAGUUGUCACGCGUGUUCUUCCCCAAUAUAAUAUAUUAUUCUUGCGUAAAUUUCGGUUCUCUAGGAUAUUUACCAUGUUUCAAAAAUAUUUUUAAAACCCCCAAUGUCGAUUGAACUGUUAGGAGAGUACUGUAUACGUGAGCUGCUGUUAAGUUUAUUGCAAUGUCUCUGAAAUUAAACUUUAAAGCACAGCACACGAAUUUUAUCACUUCAUAAAGCCCAAGUCCAUUUAGCACUGAAUACACAUCCAUAAAUGAAAUCCUUAGUUAAUAAUAGAUCUUGAAUCAGUGUUAAGUAAAUUCAUCUUUAUAAGGGCAUUGUUUUUGGCUUAUUCGGGAAUAUUAAAUGUGAUUAAGCCAAUCACUGUUGAGAAUGCAAAUAGUGAGGUGAAAAAAUGACAGGGCACAUUUGUGUUAUAUAAAGGUUUUAAAAUUGGCUGCAUUUGUUUGCUGUGAAGUCCCCUGUGUGUUUUGAGUAAGAACCUCUUGAAUAUUUUCACUGUAAACAGGAUGUUGGUUUUAGUACACUCAAGAGUCUUUAAGAAUGCUAAGAAGUGCAGGCAGGAGCAAAUAGUUUCCCAACUGAAUGUCUUUUGUCGCAAAUAAAGUUCACUUUUGAAAAGUAUAGUUUGAUUGGUGCUAUGGAAGAUCAAACUUGAGCAUUUCAUAGAAUCUUAAAAGAUACAACAGUGCUGUUCUUCACAGCAUAAUGUGCAAAUUGUGGUACUUGAUCUAAAUUGCUGAAAUGUUAUCACCUUCAUUUGAAUAACCACAUGUUUAUAGGAUUUUAAUUCUGCAGAUUAAACUUUAAAAACCACUGGAAUACAUGUCAUGAUUUUUUGAUAGGCUGAAAUUAGGUGGUUAGAUUCUGGUAUUUUAGGAUUCCUCUUCAGUUUGUUUGGUAAAUAAAUAUAUUUAAAAGGGUUGAGUGUAUCCUAUUGUUUAAGUAUUUUUGUAUAAAUACAAUUGAGUCCCCAUUUUUUCUAAUCUCCCAGAGAAAAGGGAGAUGGUCUGCCUUAGCUUCUGCUCCAACGAGCAAAUGGAAUGAAACAAGUUUGGGCUUGUUGGACAAUUAUUUCAUACAAUUUACAGUGUUUUGCUACCUCAAGCCUCAUCUCGUACCUUAGUUUAUGAACAAACCAUUGGUUCAAAUUACUGGCAAGUGGAGGUUUGAGAAGCUGUGAAUUGAAUUUGAGGAGCUGUGAAUUGGAUAUGACUGAAGUCAGGAGUCUACAAUAAUGAUCAGGACUGUGCCGGCUGCAUGGGGACUGGUAAUUUCCCUUGGCUUCUAUAAGCAUGUCAACCCAGGCUACCUCCUCAUGCAUAUAUAAGGAAUUACUUUUCCUAGCUGUUCGAUUCCCCACCUACUAAUAAUUGCAUACACUUGGGAACUUGAAAUCUUAGCUACAUCCCUGAGUAAUAGUAGACUCCUGAUACCCUUUAACCCUGCUCACAGGGUAGUUUGAAGUACUUGCAAACAUUUGCUGAAACCUUUUGUAUUUAUUUCUCACUUUUUAUAGCAUUGUAUUUGACUGAAAUGACUGCUGCUGAAUUAAGAGGCUAAUGGCAUUGCGUGUGAAAGGACGAGUGCUGGACCAGCUAGAAUAUGACAUAUUUUGGACGGAAUACAGAGCAAUUGAGGAGAGUAGACUCCCUGUGCCAGAUGAGGAUAAUGAGGACGAGUCCACAGGAGGUACGGUGUUAUAAAUUAGAUUUUCCUUUCUGAAAGUGAUGCAAUCCUUCAGGCUUUGCUGUAGGAGGUCAAAGGGUACAGUGGCUAUCACAUAACAAACCACAGAAUCAGGGGGUGGUUUUCCUGUGGCCUAGCUGUUUUCUCUCAAAUGCAUAGUCAUGUUGGCUGUAGGCCACCCAAGGCCACCCUCUUGUAUGUAUCAUGUGAAGAAAAACUAGAAAAAAGAAAGAAAAAAAUGGAAAAAAGAAAGAGGAAAUGCCCUAAUAGGAAGUAUGACACUCUGUGAGUUUGUUUGUUUACUUUGAGUGAUGCUUUUCAAAUUUAUUGUUUUUAGAUAUUUCACUGCUUUACAUGUGUAUUUAAAAUUGUAUUUUAAAGAAUGUCCCUGAAAAGCUUUUGUCUCAAUCUGAGGGCUAACUCUUGCAGUUCCUGGUAUUUGUUAUGUCACAUUUUUCCUAGCCUGUCAAAGUUGUUUACUGUGAAGAAGUAUGUUCCCAUAUUUUACAUUUUCUCCAACCAUUAUAAGGGUAAAAUGACAUCAUAGUCAUCGUAAUAACCAUGUCUGUGGUUUUUAAGGUCACAGUUCAUGCACAGGCAGCUCUAUAAAUUUAACAAGCAAAUCUAAGGGCUUUUUGUAUGUUACUUGAAAGUUUUUGUUUUGUGUGAAUUCAGGUUUUAAAAUGUACAAUGUAGUUCAUCCUUAAUAACAAUGUUGUUUGAUUUGAGUCUACAUUGUGACACUUUCUGUCAGUAAUUUUACUAGUUAUGGGGGGGGGGGGACUCCUGGGAAUUCUUGGUGGGGGUGUGCUGCCCGGUUCUCCAAAUCCUGACCAUAUUUCAGACCGAAAAAUGUCUUUUUCUGCACUCAUUUUCAGACCAGACUUCUAAAAUCCAUACCUGUUUUCAGACCUGGCCUUUGGGCUGAAAUUAUGUCAUCAUUACUUAGAUUAGACUGCAAACAAAAAAAAUUUUCUAAUGUAAUUCAAAUUCACAUAUUUCUGUUUCUUUUUAUUGAUUUGGAAUUGAAGCGAUAAGUUAUACGUUCAUACACUGUACACUCCUUUGUUCCCUUGAAAACCAUACCUGAUUCCAGACCAAAAAAUUAAUGGGCAAAGUCUAUACCCGUUUUUAGACCAAAAAGUCCCAAAAACCAUACCCUUUGGGGCAGCACAUACCUCCAUGGCCUAUAUAAGGAAGUCCCCCCUGGUUAUUACCCAACUGCAUCUAAUGAGUUAAUCCUAAAUAGCUCUCAAGACUGUAGUGCAGGUUAUCAAACAUAUUAUCAUUAAGCAAAACAACUUUAUUGCGAAACAAACCCAACAGUGUGUGGCUGAAUCUCACCUGUACAGAAAGUAAACAUUGUUUGCAAUUUUCUGUCGUGGUUUUUCACAUUCCUUCACUCCCUAUCUUGGCUAAGUGUUGUGUGUUUGUAAUGUAAUACUUAGCAGAGGGUGUUUUAACCUUUCACCCUUCAGUCAAUGGUGAAAGCACGUGAUGGUCAGUUCAAACUUGCUUGUUUAUCAGAGAAAUCCUUUGAUUUAACUGUUGAUUAACACCUCCUCAACCUACAUAUUCUUUCACAUUCAGUAUUCCUCAAAACAAAAUUUGAAAAUUUUGUUUCUUUGCUGCUUGUCAAUGUUCAAAUUUAGUGAAUUAUUGGUACCAGUACUGGCAGGUUUACAAAUACAACCUCUCCUCUCAUAUGUAAACAUGUUACAUCAUCAAAUAUGUUAAGGGAAUGUUUUUAUCUUAGAGAUCAAUAAAAUGACCUCAUAAUUUGACAUUUGACUCUUUAAAUACAUAAACAUUGGUAAAUUAGAGUAUUAGGUUUCAUUUAUCAAAAUUAAUACAGGAGCUUUCACUUAAAUUGCAUCAAAACUGAAAUUUACAAUAUGUGGAGACAUUUUUGUAAUGUGACAGUACAACAAGCCAUCCCUACAUAGAUCUGAGCAGUUUAUCAGGCCACCAAGACUGUUUUAUUCAGUUUUACAGUGGCAAAUUGAUUCAGAACAGCUUCCUUCCGUUCGGUUUUAGAUAACUAAAUGAUAAGCCCAUACAGAAGCUUUGUUUCAGCUCAUGCAUUUUUCCGCUUUUAAAGAAGAUCACAGUGUAGUGUGAGGUGAAACUUUUAUUUAGAGGAUUGUAGACUUAAAUAGAAUCAGAAUGUGUGAUCAAGAAAUGGAUUUGUUUGGUUGAGGAUACAGGGAUGAUCAGUUAUCUCCAAGAACCUUUGGAAAGACUCACCAGGUUCAUACACCGACGAGGAUGUUAUGAUUUGCACAGAGCUGGUUUGUACAUAUACAUUGGUCCUGUUUACUUUCGUUAUGUCAUUAGCAGUAGAAAGAAGCCCUUUCUUUAGUAGCUGUAAUUGAAAGUUGGAUAUUGACAUGAUUCUUUGGUUUUGUAAAUAGUUGUUUGAUGCAAAUAUUGUUAUUACCAGAUAAUUUAGUUAGUGCGACUUUUGGAUUGAGUUUCUUUAACACAGAUUUGAUGUUCAGUUUUGUUUCCUUUGUGCAAGCAGCAAUAGAACAGAGCUGAGAGUUAAGGAACGAAAUAAAAACAAAUCCAUAACAAUCUGAAGUCUCAAAUAUCAGAGCUUUAAUAUUUACUCGCGCUGACAUAUAUUAUAGAUACAUGUAUGCAGUGUACGUGUAUGAUGUGGUCAUGCCGUGUGAAGCCCUGUGAUGAGGAAAUAUUUUUGAAUGUUUUUUCCUUCAUUUAAAGCAUAAUUUUUAUUUCUUGAUUUAACACUGUCGAAAUUUAAAUGCAUGGAAAUUGUUAUUGAAUUUGACUUACAGCAAGCCUUAGAACAAAUUUAAAAUGAGUUAAAAUCUAGCUUUGAUUUGAGGCCAGCAUUUACAGUAGCAUAAACACAGCAGCACAGUAAACUAUGCUGUACCAUGUUUCCUUGUCUGUUAUUAACAUUUUACUUUCUGUCAUUGCAAAUUCUUAAUUACAUACAAUAUUGUACAAAAAAUAAAUAAUUGUUGGUAAAAAUAGAUAAAUAGUGAAAAGGUCACAAAGGAAGUGAUGAUACACAAACAUGUAUUUGCGUGAAUUUUUCUGGACUUCCUCCACUACACCUUCCUGUCUGAUGUUAGUCCCACAAGCGGCAAAAUGCUUAAACUUGAUUUUGUGUCAGAAAUUAUACAACAUUAAUUAUUAUAUUAAACAGUUUAUUUUUUUUCCUACAGAAUGUGAGCAGGAACUUGAGUGGCUCAAGGAAGCUGGAUUUGAUACCAUUGUAAAGAAGUAUAAAGGUAAGAAUUUAAUCAUCUGCACAUGUAGACUACAACAUUUUGGUGUUGUGCACAGCUAUAUUUUAUGGUUUGUCAUUAAACCGCCUACAGUCAACUACCUCUCGGCAAUAGUUACCCUAGCAGAUACAUCCUCUCUUGUUUUAAUUUCUUACGACAGCCUUCUUCCUACUGUAAAGUGGUACAGUCACAUACAUGUACCUCUUUCCCCUAGAUGGUCAUCUGAUUGUGGUGAGGUUCAAUGGUAAUAUCAUUAAUGAACAGUCUAAAGGGACAGAGCCAAUAAUUAUGUUGUAUGCUAUAAAUUCUACUGUGUAGACAUAAGGGUUAAAAAAUCUAUUUAUCUUUGGGAACUGCCUGCGAAAGGAAGGUGUCUCUACAUGUAGAAUGGAGCUAUCCAUGAGACAGGAUUGUAAAAAUGUUGAUCUCUUUAUUUCAUUGUCAAGUGAAAGUGUGUGGGCCAGGCUGUAUGUUAGAGGUGGGUAAAUAACCAGGUGGGAGUGAGAAAUAUUAAACAGAGGGAACACAUUCAAUAAAAUGUCUGUGAUAACUCUUUUAGCUGUAGGUUCACAUAAAUCAUGUGCGCAAGUCAUUCAUGUGCAUAAACUAACGGGAAGUAGGAAGAUGUACAGACUGAGCAAGCUUUUACCCUCGGACAGUGUUUACAUGUAGCUUUAAAAGGUCAUGAGCAGACGAUCACCUAAAAAGACAUCUUGAUUAUAGUUUAACAAUACUGUACUUCUUCAUUUUGAAGAAGAGUUCUUCCACAAGAAAGGAGGGUUACUAAUACUACACUGUACCCAAUAUAAAAUCUUUAUUAUUAUUUUUUUGUGAUUGAAUAAAAUAAUAUUUUCCACUCUUUUAGAUAGCAAAGAAAUUGACCAUAAUGAUGUGGACUUUGAGAAGAUCACAGGAUCCCUCACGAAGAAACAAGCAGAGGCUGUCAGGAAAAGAAUUGACACUUUGAAUCAAAGCACGAAGAAAAAACUUGGCUUGCAUGUACAAAUAGCACCAUCAAAGCAAAGUGCAUACCCUGCUGAUGUGAGGACAAUUUUUCCAACAAAAACAAAUGGACAGCCUAGCAAUGCAGAACAGGCUCACACAACAAGGCCAAUGCUACUGCGAAAAUCGUACAGUGAAGGAGUUCAUGUCAAUAAACUGUCUUCGUGUGACAAUGGUGAAGUGGAUAAAGAGUUAGGACACUCUGAGAAAAGACAUUCGAAGUCAGAUUACAUGCUUUCAAAGAUGAAUCAAGAUAGAGAUUUUUCAGGGGCGUACCUACGUCCUGAAAAUGCUGCAUGUCCAGAAAGAAGAUCAAGUGAUGAAAUGAGACCAAGGAGAGGUAAAGAUCCUUUGGUUUCUAAUUUUAAGGGCUACCAGAUUGGGGGCGAUACAGUAAGUUAUAGUGGGGCCCCCCUAAGUCAAGACCUUUAGACAUAUUUGUUUGUGGGAUGCAUGGAUCAUAUUAUCUGUUUUUCAAGCUGAUCUGACAAAAAUUAAUUUUAUUAGUAUGUGUAAUUAAGAAUUAAUUAUACAUGUAAGAAUUUGGACAAAACGCAUGUUAAAUUAUUCCCUAAUUUCACGAGUUUACCAUAAAUUUUGAUUACCUAUUUAUCUAAUGGGUGCCAAAUUAAGCUCAAAAUCAUGGGUUUUUGACAUGUUUAUUGUAUGGAUCCAGAAAUUCACAUGCUGAAAAGUUUAGAUCUUAAAUUUAGGCUUAAGUUCCGAAUUUUCAGAUUUUUUUGACAAAAUACCUGCUUGUCAUUGCAAUGUUGUCAAAAGUAGCCGACGGCCGGCGAAAAUCGCUGCCUACAUGGUUAUUAUAGGCCGGCCACUCAGCUUGGCAUUUCUUUAUGGAUCGCGUUUUUUAAAUAAAAUAUCCCCGGACUGGCCGCUUACUUUGACAACUUAGUCGUCUACUUCAAAACUUUCUGACAACCCUAGUUAAAAUGACUCUAGGCCUGAUAUAUGCUAGAGCUCUACAGUUUAUGCCCUUUGGAAAAGCUUUGCACCCUGUAGGCACAUUAAAAUAUUUUUAUAUUCUAAACACAGAGAUCCAGCAAGCACGACACUUACAUGGGGGAUCACUGUUUUACGUGACAGGAACGACAAAACAAGAACUAUUCAAUACGGCAGAAAAAAUGAAAGAAUCCAGUGUUGAUGACCUAAGCAACUGUGAUUUGAAAACACUGAGUAUAUCGCCUCCUGACACCAGUCCUGACUCAUUUCAUGAAGUUCCUGUUGAUUGCCCUGAAGAAGUUCCUGUUGAUGUACCCGAAGGCAAGAAUCUAUGCAAGCCAGUGGAGGUAGCUACACUUUCAAAUUCUCCCUACUACUUCUAUUGAAAAAGUAUAGAUAGUAAAUGAGAAUCUCAGUUUUGAUAUUAGGGUUUAACAGGUUAAAACUAGUUUGAUUUAAAAUUCAUUUAAAUUUCCUAGCCCUAAUAAUUUUUCAUAGAAGACAAAAGAAAUUUUUGGUUACCUUAGAGUCUGCAUUUUUACCCACAACUUACAUGUUUACAGUGUAACUCCACUGGAUUAAUGUUACAAACAGGGUCACAAAAUGAUUGUUUCUUUUGAUUUGCUGUAGAAUGGUAAAGUCCCUACCGACAGAAAGCCUUUUAGGGAACCUCAAUUUCCAAGACUUCCUGUGAGUAUUUGCCUUUAAUUAUUAAUUUAACAAUAAUCAUCACUUUAUAGACAUUCCCUGUUGGCAACUUCAAUAUGAAUCUAAGUGAAUGCGCUAUUUAUGCUCACAUUAUUAUCCCUGUCAUGCACAUGUAAAAUUUUUCACAUUUCAUCAAGGUGUUGGGCUGUGUUCUCUUAACAUUUCAAAAUAUAUGUAAAAGUCGUUUUGCGUUAUUUUUCUUUACAUUUACCUCUCUUGAACAGAAUUUUACACUUACAAAAGAUGAAUUAGGUGUGACAGGAGUUCAUGAUUUAUCUCCGCAAGACAUGGAGAAGGUGCGUUCUUUGUCCCUUAUAGAACUCACAGCACUAUUCGACUCUCAUGGACUGGCACUGCACAGAAGAAAACCUGUCAGAAGAAGAGUUCGAGGUCAGUAGAGAGUGGUUUAAAAUGGAAAUGAUCAGCUUGCUUGCAUGUCUGCUGUUCGUUGUUUUGUGGGGGUGGGGGAUGGGGAAAGGAGGGGGAUAGGGACUGGAAUAGUGGUGAUAAGGACUGGAAUAGCGGUGACCUACAGUCACUAAAAAGUCAUGUCUGAUAGCUUGGGGCUAGUAAAUUGUGCUAUCGGGCUAGUGAAUUGUGUUCUUAAGUUGCCCGAUGGGCAAGUGAAGUAUUUUGGGGGAAUUCAAAUUCCAACUGAUAAAAGAUUUUUUCAGCUUUGGGCUAGUACAUGCUAGUUACAGCUUGCUGGAAGGAAAAGCUGUAAAACUGAUUUUGCACUGCGAGGGAUUGUCCAGGUCUUGGAAAUCCUGGAAAGGAUUAUUCUUGCAUUUUCAAUUUCUGGGAAAUGAUUGCCCAUCCUGAAAAUGGGUAAAUUUAUGUGAGUGUCAAGUAAUAAAGAUUUGGAUGGGAAAAAUAAAACCAGCAGCUCAAGAAUAGUGGGGAAAGUAUGAUUUUGAGCCCUUAAACUGAGUCCUGGAACUUCUUGGGAAAUAGUUUUUUACAAAAGGCACAAAGUCUGUUAAAUUGUAUGCUGAUACUAAAUUUGAGGAUACCUCACUGUCUCGCUUUUUCUUACCCCUGAGAUCCUAAGUUUAACACUCCAUUCUGUAAUUAUUUUGUGUCAGAAUCUGGUAUAUUCGGAGUGCCUCUUCAAAAUCAACUGCAAGAUGAAAAAGUGAGGAAUGAAAAAGCAUCAAUACCACCUUUUUAUACUGAGGUAAGAACCACAACGUGAGCCGAGGCUUAAAGUUCAGGGUUGAAGCUACCAAGAUAGCAUUAAGCAAAAUGCUAGUCCUGAUAAUCCUCGUUUGCAGGGCUAGAAAUUGAUAGAUUGUAGAAGGUUAAGGUGUACUGUCAUUAUCAUUCAUCCUGCCUUUGCUUUCACUUAUAUUAGAUCAGUGAUGACUCUUAAGCCUAAGUCAUACAGAAACCUUCACACUUAUCUUGCCCCUGGUUUCUGGUACUGUUUUAAUCUGGCAGCAAACGCCAGGUUCAAAAAAUAUGCUGUUCGUGUGGUCGGGGCCUAAGAAAUUGCUGCAUUCUGCAAUACACAGGAAAUGUCGUAAGAUUUCAAAGGGAAAUAAUACUAUACUAUAUUGUUAGUGAUUAUCAAAUUUGUUCCCAUCUUUUAAGUAACCCUCCUUGUCGGUUCGUGUAUCUCCAGUUUGCGGUUAUACAGCAAUAUGACAUUACGUAGUUAACGUAGUUUUAUAUUUUAUUUCAGCUUAUCAUGUAUUUGACAGAGAAAGGUAUGUUAAUGAGACAAAGUUAAGCAAAUUUCAUGAAAAUUUCUACCGAAUUACAUGAUACGCUUUAAAGAAGACACUUUCUUGUAAAGUAUGAAAUUUAUUGCAAAAUAAACGUAGCCGAUUUUUUUAAAACCAACCUAACGACAUUUGCAGUCUUUGAGUGAAAAGGCGUCAAAAGGCAGGUUUCUUGAGCCCGAGAAGCUCCAAAAUCAUAGUAACGAAGGAAAAGGAAAGGAGAAAAAGAAAGCGCGAGGAGAAGGAAAGGAGGAGAAGAAAAAAAAGCAAUGGUUGCACUCUUAGUUUUUAUAAUAAAACUGAACAAAAAAACUGUUGGCGAUAACGUUAUCAAAAAUCCGGCUAGAAAUUGAAUGUUAAGGUAGUUUAAUCACGUCCUUAUAAAUAUCUCAUUUCAAUUUUACGUCAUUAGGAUUGAAGGAAGAAGGGAUCUUGAGAGUUCCAGGAAACGCAGGAAGAAUCAAGGUAUAACACCCAUCUUUGUUUUUCUUGAUUUGAAGGUUGAAAUCACGUACGAUUAAAGAAUGAUACAUAGUCAAACCACGACGCCUUGCAAACUGUUAUAAAGUACAGCUUUAUUCGUUUCUAUGGACCAAAAUAGCCCAAGGUUCAGUCCCGCGCUUAAUACUUGAUCAAAAUGUUAAAAAUUUAGGGAUCAAUUUAAUAAAACUUUUGCAAGUGUAAGUUACAAGUGUAGCCAUUGUUGUAGGAGUCUGAAUACACUAGCUACACUUGUAAAUUACAAUUGUAAAAGCUUUAUGAAAUUGACCCCACAGUUGCUUAUACACCAAGCAUUAUAUUAUGCGGAAAACGUUAAAAUUUGAUUAUCGGAAGUAAUUGAUCACACAAAAUCCACAAGUAUUAGCGAUGCCAUGGCAUAAUUUGUAGUAUUGAAAAAUCUCGGGCGACUCAAGAGUAAAGUUUAUUACAGACCUUUCUCAUAGGUGCCGAACCUUUUGCAAGAUAUUUCCUUCCUCCAUGUAAUACAGACCGCUUUGAAAAGCGGGUACUUGACUCUACCCUGUUGCUGCCCGUACGUGUUUAAGGAGAUUCGUUUUCUUUUUUUUUUUUGGAAGUAACAGCUUAUAAUAAAACAUUUUUCAGCUCAUGAGAGAAGAAGUGGAAGAAAAGUUUAAUGAUGGAUUGUUCAUUUGGGAAGACAGAAGGCCGCAUGAUUGUGCAGCUUUACUGAAACAAUUUCUAAGGUAACACAGACUGGCCAAUACUAUUUUUAGUGUAUUAUUUUUGCUUAGGGUAUCUUUGGCUUCUGCCCAAGAGGUAUUUAUUGUAUUUAAGAUACACACUGAAGAUACUUGGAUCAAUCAAGGCACCCAGCGACUGGUUUCUGUUAAUGUCUGUAAAGAAAAUAAUGCCUAGGAAUUUAUAAACCUCUAAGCCAGGAAAGGUGAAAAUUUCUAAAUAACUGUUCCAUUCACGGGAGAACUUCGGCGUAUUUCAGCUAACUUUCCCACGAUGUCUUUUCAUUUCACCCCUUUUAGCAUAUUAUAUUUCGUAAGAAAAGGUUCCAAAAAUUUUCAGUCACGUAAAUAGUGCUGGAAAAGGGUAUAAGAAAAUCUCACGUUUUCGUACGUCUUAGAUUUCCGGGAAGGAUCGACUGAGAGGCCGACUGAUAAAACUCUAAAGGCUCAAUUUGCCCAAAGAUGACCGGAAGAAAACAAAUCUUUAAUGCCGUCUGUAAUGCAUUGAAGAGUUUUAAAAUCACUCUAGGUAGCCUUAAACAGCUUUUUAAAAUGUGCUUUUGGUGAAAUUAGUUGUUGGGUGUCCCUAAUUAAUGCCAGACAUUAAGAUUUUAUAGCCGUUUUUUUCGGUAAGAUUUAAGAUAAUUGGAAUGCGAGGGUGAUUUAAAAGGCCAUUUAAGUCGUUGUUGUAUUCAAAAGUAAUUGUGUUCGUGUAUUUAUAGGUUUUUGUUUUUCUAUAGGGAACUUCCUUUUCCUCUGUUAACGCAUGAAUACCAACCAACGUUCGCGUCUGUCGAAAGUGAGUACGUUGUUACUGAUUGAAAUGCGAAUAUAAAACCAUGAUACAUUACAUGACAAACUGAGCUUAAAAACGCAGUAGCUUGGGUUUAACAUGAGUUUGUAGGAGUCUGUCUAUCUCAUGAUCUCGCCAGUUAUCAAAAUGUCUUCCUUACAAGUGGCGGUACUACUGGCAACUUUUAAAUUAUUUAGACCUGAUUCUUUAACACUUCUUGCUCCAUUCAAUAACUUACUUGUCUAGAAAAACGUUGCAAAUGAGUGGGAGACAACAAUCAAUUUCAAACUGAUUGUUUGCUCUUUUACAUUGUGAGUAGUCGAAAAAUAAGCCUUCCUCCCCAACCAAAGAAAUUUUAAGUCUUUUUCUUACCUGAUGAGCGGUCGAGUUCUAGUUUAUUGUUUUAAUUCUUGUUUCUCUUGAUCAAGGUAUCCCCGACAGGAAACAGCAGCUUCAGGCUUUAAAUCUUUUAAUUCUGUUGUUGCCCCCAAUUCAUAGAGACUGCUUGAAGGUAACUAAAGAUGAUCACUUAUAAAACACCCAGUAAUAUGCACGGAGUUACUCUGUUUUAAUUUGUUGUUUUAUAAAAUGUUUGCUAAAUUUGGAUCUAUGACCAUAAUUUUCGUGAAAAAAAGGUAUAGUGUAAUUUAUAUUUUAAAAAAAACCGCAGUUGUCUGUGCAGAAGAGGAGAGGACGUAUUAUGUAACCCGUUUGCUUUCGUGUACUGCUCAGUAGCUAGCUGGGGCUGUACACGCAUGCAUCUCUUACUGAUGAAUCCUAAACCGGCUGAGACAUCUAUUCAUGAUUGUCACUGCCGGGCUGAUGUGGCUCUGUGCAGGCAAAAAAUAAAUAAUGACCAUACCUCGGAAUGCCUCGGUAAUGGCGUAUUAAUUUUUGUGGUUUCUUAUCAUUUUUAGUCCCAUAAUGAAUGGUGGAGUGAUGUAAGGUCAUCCUAAGUUUUGAUUUAGUGGACAAAAUCCCAUGGUGUGACCAUUUAAGUGAACGGUCUUUGGUGGUACUUCCAUAUUAGGGCCAUUCAUACGCGGAAAAAUAAGACGCGUCUUUCAUUAGACGCGUCCUGAAUAAGACGCAAACUAUCCCGUAUAAGUGGCACAUUGUACUUUUCGUUUUCGAGCAUUUUGCCAAAAAAAAAUCUAAAAAAUGAAAUUGUAUUGGGAGAGAAAAGGUUAACUAUACAAACUUUAGUGAAAUCUUUGGAGCUCUUUACACAUUCGACCAUCGUUUUUUCAUAGAUUCUUGUUCACUUCUUGAGUCGAGUGGUCGCUCAUGAAAAACACAACAAGAUGGGACUUAACAGCGUGGCUAUGAUCAUGGCACCUAAUAUGUUCUUGUGCACCAACAAAUCACAGCCGACAUUACAAGAAAUUAAACAUGCGCAGGGCACUGUGAACAUUGUAAGAAUGUUAAUCAAGUAUCAAGCUAUUCUGUGGACGGUGAGUAAAGUUACGGUAAAACGAGCAACAAAAACGUGCAGCUUGUUUUGUAGCCUCAAUAAAAAAGAGUUGAAAAAGCAAUGUUGCACGUUUUACCAACAAACCAGGUUGUUGUAAGUUGCGUUGUAUACUGACUUCUGAUUGGAUAAAAUUACGCGGGAGUCACGCCUAACACGGAAUUUACGUCACUUAUUGCAAAAUAAGUUUGGCUUUGCCGGUAAACGCGCAACAUGAACAGAUUUUCUGAUCAGAAACUUACGAGUUUCUGUUAUCAUUUAACGAGUGUUAUUUGAGUGUGAGACAGGUUUUUAAGGCAAGACAUAUUUUACUAAGGACAGCCUUAAAUGUCUGGCUAAACGAAUUACCUAACGGGAAAAGAGUUCUUCCGCACUGAGCGUGUAGUGUGUGGCAGGUUGCGAAAAGUUGUUGCAGAAAGUGAAGAAUAGUUGAGCUACUCUUUCUAGAGAUUUUGUACCACGUGAAUGACGACUUGCAGCAAAGGGCCCGUAGGCAUAGAUUGAAGAUUUGAUAUUCUACCUAGCGUCAUAGAUUGUUAUUUUUAUGUUGUUUGUUUUGCACAGAUUCCUGGAUUUAUGGUGAUGCAGGUUCGUUAUUUAUAUGAAGCAGAGGGAAACAAGAAAGCUAAAGAUGCUAAAGCCGUAAGUUUUUAUACUUUCAAGGCGUAAAUUUACUGGCAGUGUUAGUGCAACAUUGCAGAAAAGCUUGCAUAGUUCGGUUUUAAAUCAACCUUUAGAAACGUUUUCCUUAGUAGAGUGUUUUAGACUUGUCUGAUCUGCAUAAAACUGAAAUCCGGGAUCAAGCUUUGAAAAAACAGUGACUAAAAGGAGCUUUGUCACGAAAUUUAGUAGUAAUUUAGUAGUCAUAAAAAUAGCGGCUCAAAACAUAAAAAAAGGUAGAAACAAAAGAAGGCAAGGAUGGCCCCCGGAGGGGGGGGGGGUACUGCCAUAUAUGGGCUAUAUAGGUAUGUGCCGCUGUGAAGGGUAUGGUUUUCAAGCAGUUUACUCUAGGAUAGGGUAUAUAAAUCAGAGUGUUUGGGUCUAGAAUAGGGUAUCAUUUUUAUUGGCUAGACUACUGUGCUAGUGACCUCAGUAGUUUCUAGAAAACAGCUACUCUAGGAUAGGGGGGAUUUGGGGAGUUUACUCUAGUAUAGGGUAGCAAAAUUCAGCUGAACUAGCUCUGGUAUAGGUUAAUGGUUCCAAGGACCCAGCGGCACAUCCCCACCCAGAAAUUCCUAAAGUACCCCCCGGGGGAUGAACAAACUUGAAGAAGAUGAAAACGGAUUGCAAUUGCCGUUUUUAAAAACUUGUUAGCUUAACAGUUUUUCAAAUUUCAUACUUGUUUGUGACAUUUGAUAUAAUGCUCUGGGAGAGAUAAUCGUUUGAUACGAAGUUGUGAUUGUCUUUUACAAGUAAAUGUUUCGCAUAUUUUAAGUUUCUUAGCAAAUAAAGACGCGUUAUCGGCAUUAUUAACCCAAUGAACUGGACAGUCGUUGCCAGCCCCUUUAAAAGACCAUAAAACUCUUAUGCUAUAACUCUUCUUGCGUGUUUCUCUCUCUAAAAAGUUGUGUUUGCACGUAAUUUGUUCAAGGUGGAACGAAAUUAUUUCAAUCGUGAUCUCCCGGCUGUUUUACUGUAGGUGAGGAAGUUGCUUGCAAAACGUGCUCGAGGUGAUGGACCUGGAAGCUCUCCACAGAAGAAAAAUUCUACAGGGGAAGGCUCCAUGACUAUGAUUGAUGUAAGUUAUUUUCAGUGAACGCAUUUUAAGUGUUUCCACUGUUUCUGUACGCAGAGGGUAUUCAUCAUAUGAUGAUAACCCCUCCGUUCUACCGCGACUUCCGGGAGCAUUAUGCUUCAUCGCACACGUCUGGAAAAAAAGUCUUCUUGAGACUUUGUGUCAAGAAAGGAAUUCGUUACAGCUGGCAUGCUGAACAUUUGACGCAAGAUUUAACAUUUCACUCGCAAGAAGGAUCGCGUGUGGUGGAACCUCUUAACUGAUGUUAACGUGCCCCGUGAUACAACACCUCCCAACGCCUUAUCGUUUGGGCGAUUUGCGCAUGGUUGCUAAACACCGAGCAAAGACGCAACUAGAUAUAAAUAAUAAAAGACGAUUUCAAUGCAGUCUCACCCAUGCCCACCUAUGUAGGAUUCUGGUCGUAGUAGUAAAAUGGCGUUAUCAUUCAAAUGGCCUAUUGAUACUUAAAAAUUGUGUUUUUUAAAAGGCACAACGGCGCAAAUCCAGUGUUAAUUUAACAUUCCAAAUGCUGCUGUUAGGAGUUGACAUGGAGCCAAUUUAAUAAAACGUUUACGAGUCUUAUUUACAAGUGUAGCUAUUGUUUUCAGAUCCUAAAGCAAUUUCUACACUUGCAAAUUACACUUGUAAAAGCUUUAUUAAAUUUAAACUAGUCGGCCUUGAAGGAUUUCUUCCAAAGCUUGAUUGGUAUUAGUGAAGUAAUGUUGAAUUGACAAAUUUCGUUUCCAUUUUAGGCUGAUUAUGAAAACAACAUCAUACGGGUGAAAGCACCAAUGCUGAACAAGAUAUUGAUGGCAAUUCAGCUCACCGAGAGUAUGCGCGCUGGGGACAUUGUCUCCAAGUUUCGAAGACGCCCGUCUCCUUCCGAAGGCCCAAGCAACAAUGGGAAUCUUUCCAAAUCUCAAACGAGUGACUCUUACAAGAACUGCCUCAACCCUCACAAUAACAACAAGUUCGCUUCAGACAAUUACUAUCUCUAUGAAGUCGGGGGUAACAUAGGUGAGAACAUAUAAAAAUUUUUUGUUAAGUUGGGGAAAAGGGAAAAAAUGCAGUGUUACCAAGAUUUAGUACCAGUUGAUUGUCCAACAGAGAAGCAUUUGUGUCAAAGGAAUGGAUUACAAUCUUCCUAGAGAAUAGCUUGAAUUUCAGCCGUUUCGUUUUUUUCCGUUUCUUGUGCGACUCGAGGUGACAGCUGAAAUUCAUGCUACUUUGUGACUGAAUUGAUCGCUUUCCUUUUGUUCCGGGGUCGUUCCAGUGUACUUUACUCAAAAGACCCGCGGAAAAUUCUCAUGAUACGUGCUUUCGAUAGAGCGAGCCAACCAGCAGUCAUUGGUUCGCAGGAUUAGCGCGGUUUUCUUUUGAUUUGUUUCCCUGGCAAAUCACGUUAAACGCAGAGUAUUCACAUAAACCAAUCAGGUGUCGGCGCAAAUACAUGCAGCUCCAAGCGCGGGAAAACGCGCGCCUGCAAGCGAUAAUUGAUUAAGAAAGGGGCGCAAAUUUUUCCCGCCAAUCGCAAAAGCAGGGCAAUGGCGGUAUUUAAUACUUCUAACACCAAUAAAUACUUCUCAUUCUUUUGAGAUUUAACCAGUCCUGCUCACUGUAGAUAAUGAAAGGUUCGGAAGAAAGGAUCUAAGGAAUAAUAUGACGAUUUUAUUUUAUUCACUUUGUUCUACCCAGGUGAACGAUGUCUUGAUCAUGACACAAACAUGAUGGCUUUGUACAAAGUCAACCCACAUGCUGAGUGGAUAGUCCAGCCACGUGGUCACUUACACCACUUCUAAAACAGGCGGGAAAGCAAGAACGUGACUGCUUCAUGUCGCCUGUGUAUUAUAAAGUGGACAGGUUAUUGGUAGUAUUUUUGCCAGAGGCGAUGUAACGAGGUUACCUAGUUUACAUUAAACGUGAUUGUAAGUCAAAUACUCUCGACAUCGAUGAAUUUUAGUUCUAGAACUCACAAUUUCAAACUUUUUUUGUAUAAGAAAGAUACAUUCUUGUUGGAAAACGAAAAUUUUUCUGUAACUGAAACAUCUUUUUUACUCGCUAAACUUGUUUUUCACAGUUUAUGCAGAGCUCUACUAUCAGAUCACUCUGAUUCAGAGGUCAUGCUCUCACAAUUUUGAACUGUUUAAAAUUUAUUAACUGUUUUAAAUUUAUUAACGUUAUCUUAGGGUUGUUUUGAGGACGUCACGCAAUCUAUCGAUACUACGUUACAUGGAGUGGGUGACAGAUUUCCUUGAAGCCCAAGAUCCCCACAGAUCCUUUUGUCUUAGGGGAACUGAUAUUUACACAUCCUAAGUCACGUCAAAAAAAUACUUAACCCAAAAAACGUGAAACAAAGGCUUAACGGGGAAAAGAAAUGUAAUUCAAAGAAUGUACCCGCCUUUUAAUGGAAAGGGUUUAUAGGUAUGUUAAACACUAGUCUGACAUGUCAGCCAUCUCUCCGCGCCACUUCCCAACGGGCGGCCAGACGAGAGAACACACGAUAGGUCGGUCUUUUUUUGGCUCGUUUUGUUUAUGGAUGAUUGUACUGUGCAAUCACACUGACAGUGGAGCCUCAAGGCUUUUAGAAACCUCCCUAUGUUCAUAGGCCUUUGAAAACACAUCUGCUAGUGACAUUGUUCGGGUCAGUCAUUCAUUCUAAUCACAAGUUUAUUAAUUUAUUACAAAGUCAAGAGGUCAGUUCUAAUAAUUUAUGUCCAAAUGAAACAAGGUAUUGUUUUGGUUAUCCAGUCUGUAAUUUAAUACAAAGUAGGUUGAAUUAUUUAAACAAUAUGGAUUGAACUGAACCCAAUGAAAAGUUUAAUAGAUGUAAUAUAUAAAGAAAACUUUACACUUUCUGUUCAGGUGAAACUCAUUUUUCCCUCGUGUGAACAUUCGAGCUUUCACCUCAGGAGAGAACAGAAAAAUGUCAUGGAAACGGUCACACUAGGUUUCACUUACACAGUACAUUGUACCUGAAACCAACUCGUACAGCUUAAACAUGGCGACAUCAUGAAAAGUAUGGCUCAGUAGCUUUCACUCGAUUGGUUAUAGUUUUAUUACACAAACUCCGUUUGAAAUAUAUGAGAAAACACCACUUUAUAUUACACCCACUGUUUAACGCUAUACAAGAAAAGAAUAUACCCCCAGGGGGAAGAAAGACACCACAUGUGACGUAAUUCCACAACUCUCUGCGGCCUUAUAUCAUGCUGUUGUCAUGUGAUAGCUUUCACUCGAUUGGCUAUAAUUUUAUACCGUAAACUGCCGUUUUGAAGCCCAACCCCUUUGCCCCACAAACUCCUA